AUGGCCGCGAAGUCGGACGGGCGGCGGAAGAUGAAGAAGGGCGGCGAGGUGGCGUUCACGCCGCUGCAGAACUCCGAGCACUCGGGCUCCGUGCAGGCGCUGGCCCCGGGGCUGCCCGCCGGCGCCGGGCCGGGCGGCGGCAGCGACGACGACGAGGCGCCCGGGGGCGGGUGCUGCAGCGGCAGCGGCGGCGGGGACGGCUCGGGCGGCGGCUCCCGCUGCUGCUGCUGCUGCGGCGGCGGCGGCGGCGGCAGAGGAGGCGACGGCGGCGGGGGCUCCCGGGGCUCGGGCGGGGGCUCGUCCUCCUUGUGCCUGCGGCUGGGCAGGGAGCAGCGGCGCUACUCGCUGUGGGACUGCCUCUGGAUCCUGGCCGCCCUGGCCGUGUACUUCGCGGACGUGGGCACCGACAUCUGGCUGGCGGUCGACUACUACCUGCGGGGCCAGCGCUGGUGGUUCGGGCUCACCCUCUUCUUCGUGCUGCUGGGCUCCCUCUCCGUGCAGGUCUUCAGCUUCCGCUGGUUCGCGCACGACUUCAGCACCGAGGACAGCGCCGCCGCCGCCGCCGCCGCCGCCGCCGCCGCCGGGCACUGCCCCGCCGCCGAGAGCAAGCUGCUGGUGAGCAGCGGCUCGGCGGCCGCGGACAUCGACGCCGCUCGCCCCUGCGCGCCGCAGCGGCAGGCGUCCACCGCCAGCAAGAGCAACGCCACCAACAGCAGCAGCAACGGCAGCAGCAACGCCGCCGGCAGCGGCGCCGCCGCCGGUCCCCGCGCCGGCGGCGGCAGGUCGGCGUCCUGCGCCUUCUGCAUCUGGCUCCUGCAGUCGCUCGUCCACAUCCUGCAGCUCGGGCAGGUCUGGAGGUAUUUCCACACAAUAUACUUGGGUAUCCGGAGUCGACGGAGUGGAGAGAAUGACAGAUGGCGGUUUUAUUGGAAAAUGGUGUAUGAGUAUGCAGAUGUGAGUAUGCUGCAUUUGCUAGCCACGUUUCUGGAAAGUGCACCACAGCUGGUCCUGCAACUCUGUAUUGUUGUACAGACUCGUACACUCCAGGCUCUCCAAGGUCUUACUGCUGCAGCAUCUCUUGUAUCCCUGGCUUGGGCUUUGGCUUCCUACCAAAAGGCCCUCCGUGACUCCCGUGAUGACAAGAAACCCAUCAGUUAUAUGGCUGUUAUAAUCCAGUUUUGCUGGCAUUUCUUCACAAUUGCAGCAAGGGUCAUUACUUUUGCUCUGUUUGCCUCAGUUUUCCAGCUGUAUUUUGGGAUCUUCAUCGUGCUGCACUGGUGCAUCAUGACCUUCUGGAUCGUCCACUGCGAGACAGAGUUUUGCAUCACUAAAUGGGAGGAGAUAGUUUUCGACAUGGUUGUUGGAAUAAUCUAUAUCUUCAGCUGGUUCAAUGUCAAGGAAGGAAGGACACGCUGUAGGCUUUUCAUUUACUAUUUUGUGAUCCUUUUAGAAAACACCGCCUUGAGUGCUCUCUGGUAUCUGUACAAGGCCCCACCAAUCUCUGAUGCAUUUGCCAUACCAGCACUGUGUGUAGUGUUCAGCAGCUUUUUAACAGGCAUUGUUUUUAUGCUAAUGUACUAUGCCUUCUUUCACCCCAAUGGACCAAGGUUUGGGCAGUCGCCAAGCUGUGCUUGUGAGGACCCUGCCGCUGCCUUCACCCUCCCCCCAGAAGUGGCCACAAACACUCUACGGUCCAUCUCCAACAACCGGAGUGUCACGAGCGAGCGGGAUCAAAAAUUCGCGGAGAGGGAUGGGUGUGUGCCUGUGUUUCAGGUGAGACCCACCGCACCAUCCACACCUUCAUCCCGGCCACCAAGGAUUGAGGAGUCUGUCAUUAAAAUCGAUCUGUUCAGGAACAGGUACCCAGCGUGGGAGAGACACGUGUUGGACAGGAGCCUGAGGAAGGCGAUCUUAGCAUUUGAAUGUUCCCCUGCUCCUCCACGGCUACAGUAUAAAGAUGAUGCCCUUAUCCAGGAGCGCUUGGAAUAUGAAACCACAUUAUAA